UCGUGCAAGUUGACGCCAUAUUUGUUCCGUUUCUGAAUCGAACUCUAUCGAAAGUGAAACUGGUUGUGCUAAUGUGCUUGAAAAUGAACUGGACAGUAUGGAAGGGACAGAAGCAAUGAAAUUUCAUAAUGAUUCCACUAAAGAAGAAGGCGAGUUGUCGGACGACGAUGACCUCGUGGAAGCGAGCAAAAGCUUAUCGAGUGUUGACCAUAAUAGGCCCUCUCUCAGUAAUCGGGGAGAUGGCGAUAGAAACGUUUAUAGAAAGUCUAAUAAUGAAAAUUUUAACACAAGAGAGACUAAUAAUGUUGAUAGAUUUCCCGCCAAUUCAUAUGGUGGGAAAGUAUACCGACCUAUGUAUAAUACCGACUGGAAGGAGAAGGGAGUACACAUAAGGCCUAAUUCUAAUCCUGGAGCUCGUGGGUCUGUCCAGGUGUUCGACUACAGUCAUGGUAUGCCUCCUGUAGCUAACCUACCUCACUAUGACAGAAUUCAUCCCGGGGGAAACCACGUGACUAGAUACCCACCACCCCCUCCUCCUGGCCCUCCUCCACUGACAGCUCGAAAGAUGCCUACGCCAAUACGAGGGAGAGGAAUGCGGGAGUGGUGUAACGACAAUAGGGUUGAACCAAGACCCAGGGAUCAUGACACACCUAUACCACAUGCUUCACCGGGAUUCUGGGACAAAAGGAAAUUAAAGACAUCACGUCAGAAUGUGAAGAAAAGUGAGGAAUCAAAAAAAGAUGAGUAUGAUGAUUUGUUAGAAAGUUAUAAAAUUCAACAGAAGAAUAUCCGUGACCAAUUAGCAAAAUAUGAUAAACCUCCAGUUAAAAAGUCUGAGUUUCCAAAGGAUGAAAAAAGACAACCUUCUACAACUACCAAGGAGUUGGUCCCUAUUGUAGCAGAAAAAUCAACAACAGAUUUAACAGAAAAGUUUGAGCAGACUGCGGAAGGUAAGAAGGCUGGACAAGUGCCUGAUGGAGAAAUAAAUAGCUCGAUGCCAGGAAAGACAGAGACAAACAGUAAAUCAACACCUAUAGAUAUAGACAAACCAAACAGACAUGAAACAGCUGCUGUUCAACCUGAAAAAGAUGCUGACAAACCAACCCAAAAUGGUGAGGGAAAAAAUGAUGAUGACUUGGAUGUCGACUUAGAUGAGCUCAUGUUGCGACGGAUGGCUUUAGAGUCAUCAUUGAAAAAAGAAGGAGAUUUAGAAGAGAAAAAACCAGUUUCUAAAGCAAGCAAGUCUCCAUCAUCAUCAAAAUCUCCUUCAUCAAAAUCUUCACCUUCAAAAUCCUCACCAAGAAAAAGUAGACGUCGCUCCAAAACUAAUCUCACACGCAAGGGAGACGGCCGAAGUAUUAGUAAUGACAAAAAAAAAGAAGACUAUAGAAAUCGCCCCGCCACAAGUGUGAGGGCCAGACCCAUGACUGGCAGAGUCAGCUCUAGUUACAGCCAGUCAAGGUCAAGGCCACACGAACCUAGUAGUGAUAGUAAUCGGAAACAGGAACUCCAACGAAGACGGAGAGAGGAAGAAAAACGGCAACAGGAAGAGGAACGACGAAAGACAGAACGUCAACGUGAAGAUCAGACACGAGAAAUUCAGAGAAUAUUAACACUUGAUGAUGCUUCAGAACAAGUUUCCAGAUUUUUAUCUCUUCUUGCAGAUAAAAGAUAUCCAAACAAGUCUAGUAAACAAUCUCCAACAGCUGUUAAAAGCACCAAGUCUCCCACAGACAAGAAAGGCACACCACAUGUCCACCCUUCAGCGAAACCUACCCUACAGGACAACUAUGAGGAGGUGGCCAUGGAUAUCGACAGUGACCCUGGGUCUCCAGCUAUAUCUACGGACCCUGUGACGGGCUAUGAAGACUACCCACUGGUCCCUGAUACCGAUAUAAUACCACAGACAACACAGUAUAUGGCACAACCCCUUGACAUGCAAAGUAAUCUGUUACUGGACACAGAAAACAUCUGGGAUUUAGCAUUAGGCUGUCCUGUAGUGAUGCCCUACCCUGCCACUGAUCCUGUGAUGCCUUACUCCUUAUUGCCUCCUCCUCCCCCUCCACCCUUACCUUCAGAGGAGGUAGCCCCACCUCCUCCCCUGCCAGAGGAACCACCACCCCUACCACUGGAACCUCCACCUGAUAUGGCUCCUCCUCCUCCCCCAAAACAUAUGCCAGAGGAUGAAGACGAGGAAAUCUUUGGAGAUGAAGCAGCCAUGCUGAGGGCAGAGCUUUUAAGGUCAAUGGCCAUCAAAAAGAAGGAACAGCAGCAGAGAGACAGAAUAAAACAGGAGAUUAAAUCUGAGGAAGUUUCUCCUGUAUCCUCACGUAGUAUAUCUCCUGCCCCUCUCACAAAAUCAGCCUCCGACUCUGUACAGAAUACACAGGUCACUAGAGCAUUAUUGACAGCGAAAAAGAGGAAGAAGCAAGCAGAGUUAGUAACUAUGGCUCAUGUCCCUAUACAGGCUCCUGUGGUUAUUAAUUUAAAUGAGGAUUCCACAGAUGAGGAAGACGAUGUGCCAGCACCAGUUACUGCAGUACAGAGUCUUCUAGGGGGGCUGGAUUCAUUCCUUAAUGAGGCUAGGAUGUCUGUAGAUAGUAAUCAAAGCAGUGAAGGUCACGUAAAAGAGGAAGAUAUUCAAAAGGAAAUCAGGAAAUACGAGGAAGAGAUGAACAAACAGAGGAUCAGUAUCCUACAGGACCAGGCUAUCUUUAAAGGGUUGUUAAGUAAAGCAUCAAAGUACCACAAGAGUGCAAAACAGGCCCAGGAUAACAUCCUCAAACUGAAGGAACAACUUGUAGCCGCAGAAAAAGUGGCUAAUGCUCACAGAGAACAGUUUGAAAAAGUCCGUAAACAUGCACGUGCAUUCAGGGCUAAUAUCUACAAGAAGCAGGAGGCGUUUAAACAACUAGAACAGAAGACAUUACACAUCGGCCAGACACUUUAUGGGACGUCGUAUAAACCCCGCACUGUGGUGGCUGUGAAAGCUUCGGAGAAAAACAAGCUGGAAAACAUCUCUGUCACUCUAGUUAAUGAGAAAGCAGCGAAGAAGUCUUUGAAGGGUAAAGAAAACAAAAAUAUUCCCGUAGAAAGUGUUGAUAAAGAAAAGGAGAAAUUACAACAAUUAGCAGAUGAAUAUGCAAAGAAAAUACAAAUGUUGAAACAAGCUCAGGCAAAGAAAAAGGCAGAGACUGAAGCUGCUAGAAAAGUGGCUACUGCAGCCCAGGACCAAGUGAAAAGUGCAAUUCCACGAAUAGAGAAGAUAGAAAUAGACAUCACCGAAAGUACGUCUGAAAGUGAAGCCGAGGAAAGACCUAAUAAACGACGUCGGUCAUUGAUGGAACUAAAUACAAGUACAAAACCAAAUCUGUCGCCCCAGAACAGCGAUGGUCAGAGAAAAUUAUCCCAGAGUGACCUUGAGGUCAAGUCAUCCAACAUUAUCUGUGAUAACAAAGCAAAAGUCUUCCCUCUACCUGGUGCUCAGCGGGUCAAACGACUCACCAAACUACUGGAGGACCGUUUCCAAACCCUGCUCUCUGUCAAAAACCAGAUCUCACUGCAGUCUUCACUGGUGUUGCACUCCAUCUUACUGCCACACUGUCAACAGAUUCCUUCCUUCCAAGAGCCAAAACGUGAUACAAGAACCAAAGUCAGCCACAUACCAAUGGAGUCAUCUCCUCUCGUUUAUAGAAGUCCCCUUCUACACUUCAGAUCAUACAGAUUCAGUCCAUAUUAUCGGACCAGAGCCAACCUCACCUUGUCUUCCUCUACAUUUUCCAACAAAAUCAAUCCUAAGAAAGUUUUAUGCAAAUAUGAUCUCCAAGGAACAUGUCAUGAUGAAGAAUGUGCAGGGUAAGUAAUAGAUCGUCUU